CAGCCAGGCUGCGACGAGGACCUAGCAGCAACCGAGCCGCUAGCGAGGCCAACAGCCGCGUCGGCCGAGCUAAAGCCAUGUUGCUGCUAGCCAGAGGGAGAGGCGCACGUCAGUGACGUCAUGGACGCGCCGCUGUCUCGUCUACGGCGCCUGGCGCGGUUCGGUAAAAGCGAGCGGGGCUGGAAAAGCGUGUGGAGGAAGAAAAAGUUAGACACAUAAGAUUGCUUGAUUGAAGCAGCGAGGAAGGUCCUGCUUCCCCAUCCUGGAAUCAGGCUGUGACUGAGGAGGAAUGAUCGGGAAUAGCUUCUCUCUGUGCUACCACAACAAGUUAAUAUUAGCUCCUAUGGUUCGGGUCGGGACCCUUCCAAUGAGGCUGCUGGCGCUAGACUAUGGGGCUGACAUUGUUUACUGUGAGGAGCUGAUUGACCUCAAGAUGUUGCAGUGCAAGAGAGUUGUCAACGAGGUGCUCAGCACAGUGGACUUUGUUGCGCCUGACGACCGUGUGGUGUUUCGCACCUGUGAAAGAGAACAGAGCAAGGUGGUUUUCCAGAUGGGGACUUCAGACGCAGAGCGAGCCCUCGCCGUGGCCAGGCUUGUAGAAAAUGAUGUAGCUGGUAUUGAUGUCAACAUGGGCUGUCCAAAAGAAUAUUCCACCAAGGGAGGAAUGGGAGCUGCGCUGCUGUCAGACCCUGACAAGAUUGAGAAGAUCCUCAGCACUCUUGUUAAAGGGACACACAGACCUGUGACCUGCAAGAUCCGUAUCCUGCCAUCGCUGGAAGAAACCCUGAACCUGGUGAAGCGCAUAGAGAGGACAGGCAUUGCCGCCAUCGCGGUCCACGGGAGGAAGCGGGAGGAGCGACCUCAGCACCCUGUCAGCUGUGAAGUCAUCAAAGCUAUUGCUGAAACCCUCUCCAUUCCUGUCAUAGCCAAUGGAGGAUCUCAUGACCACAUCCAACAGUAUUUGGACAUAGAAGACUUCCGACAAGUCACAGCAGCCUCUUCAGUGAUGGUGGCACGAGCGGCCAUGUGGAACCCAUCUAUCUUCCUCAGGGAGGGUCCCCGGCCUCUGGAGGAAGUCAUGCAGAAGUACAUCCAAUAUGCGAUCCAGUAUGACAACCACUAUACCAACACCAAGUACUGCUUGUGCCAGAUGCUACGUGAACAGCUGGAGUCACCCCAGGGAAGAUUGCUCCAUGCUGCCCAAUCUUCCCAGGAAAUUUGUGAGGCCUUUGGCCUUGGUGCCUUCUACAAAGAGAUGACGCAGAAGCUAGACGCCCGGCGUGCUGAGCUCUUGGCCAGAACUCCGGAGAAGCCAGAGGAGUCAGCUGAAGACACCUCUGGUAUCAUUAAGAUGGCUGUCAAGUUUGACCGGAGAGCAUACACACCCCAGAUCACCCCCAAGAUGUGCCUGCUGGAGUGGUGUCGAAGGGAGAAACUGGCACAGCCCACAUAUGAAACAGUUCAACGACCAGUAGAUCGCCUGUUCUGCUCUGUUGUUACUGUUGCAGAGCAAAAGUACCAGUCUACCUUAUGGGACAAGUCCAAGAAACUGGCAGAGCAAGCUGCAGCCAUCGUGUGUCUGAGGAGCCUGGGGCUCCCUGAAGGUCAGCUGGGUGAGGAGAGCCCUUCAUUCAAGCGCAAGCGAGAAGUCCCUGACCAAGACCCUGGGGGCUGUAUAGUUCAGGAGCCAGCAUUGCCUGGGGAGAUGUGCAAGAAGCCCUUUGUGGUCGUGGAGAGUCAUGAAGAGAGCCCCCUGGAAAGCCGGUGACUACUGUCCCUGCCAGGUCAGCCUGGUCGGCCCUUCCCUGGCGCUGGCUCUAAGGCAGUUUUGGGUGCUGCAAUGUAAGCUGGAUACCAUUGGACAGUUUGCUGGCCAGCUUUGCAGAAGGGAGAGGUGCUGGCCUGGGCCAUCAGCCUGCAGAGUGGACCAAGGAGGACCCAGGAGCGGGUUCCUUUCUCCCUUGGUGUGGGUCUCAGGGGUGGGGCCAAGUUCCCGGUGACCUCAUUGUUUUCUUUAAAAACAGACUUUUCAGGUGGCACUUCCCAGCCUGACACUGGUGCAGUGCAAUAAAGACAACACCUACGCUCACCCAUGGCUGACUGCCUCAGCCAGGGGCAUCUUCACAUGUGGAC